UUCUGCUCUGCCCUCUCCGGAGUGACGUCACUCCGGAGGGGAAGCUCCGAUACUGGAAAAAAUGGCCAAGACCGGAUUAGAAAACGUAUUUCCGGGGCGUCUUAAAAGAAGGAAGUGUCAGAACGUGAAGGCUGCAAUAGCUGGUGGGUGAGAGGCCCGGCAGGAUGGUGGCAACCAGAUCGAUGCGGCUGGAGGGGCCACAGCCUAGGCGAAUUCAGAAGAAUGAAUCCCCGAGGCACAGGGAGUCCCCUCCCGGAGGAGCAAGAAGUGAAAACAAACAGCCAGAAGACAUGAAGGACUCAAAGACUGAUGAUUUAAGUGAUGCUGAUUCCAAGGCCCUCCUGCAGGAUCCUCCCACAGUCAAAGCAGCCAAGAGUAGAAGUAGGAGUAAUUUAGUACAAACCAUUGAUCCAGUGACAGAUGGAGAGGUCUCAGAAGCUGAGUCCACUUGUUCUUAUAUGUCUGGGCUGCAGGAACCAACAGUAAGGGUCACUAGAAGAAGGCGCAUCAUCAUUCCCUGCCAGCCAGAAUCCAAACCUAGGAGCAGGCAUAAGACUACUCGGAGUGAAUCCAUCAAAUCUGGGGAUGAAGGUGAAGUUUCAGAAUCUGAGUCCUGCUCCUCAGUUCUUUCUUCCCUUUUGGCAUCUCCUGUUAGAACCAGAAGGGCCAGACAGAGAGAAACAAGAUUCCACGUAGAUUCAAAUUCUGCUUUAUUGGCUGAAGAAACUUCUGAUGCUGAGUCAUGGUGCUCAGGUGUUUCAUCCAUUGGAAGCCGAAGAACUACUAGGAGCAAACAGAUAAAAUUAAAGAAAGAAGCUGAAUCACAAUCUGAAGGGGAAGAUAAUACACCCAAGCCAGAAAAUGUAAACCAGAGCGAGCAUACAGUUCCUUCCCAACUGGAAAUCAUCUUUGAAUCCACAUGUGUGAAUACUCAGAGUUCAAAUACAGAACAGCCUGCUCCUUCUCUGGGAAAUAGGUCCAAUCAAUGUAAAAAUGAAAUUCAGGGAUUUGGUGAUAAAUCCUUAGUGAAGAGUUCAGAAGAAAAGCCAGAAGUACAAAUGAGAAGAAAGAAAGAUGCCAUUGCAGAAGAGUUUUCCAAAGGAGACUUAAGUAAAUCUUAUGUGGUGGAGGAGAAAAAAGAAACAAAUAGUAAAGGACUUCAGCAAAGCACCUUUAAAAAAUUUUUUACUUCUCAAAGCCAAUCAACACCAGACAAAACCAAAGCAGAGCACAAAAAAACAGCUACUGAAAGAAUAAGCGAAGCUUUUGUUCUUUUAGAUGGAUGUUUGGAAGGGAUAAAUGAACAGAAUGAAAAGGCAGAGGAUUUAGAGGAAACCAAUGAUGUUACACUUACAGAAAUUACUGAUAAUGAAAACAGUGACUGCAAAGUCAGUGUCAUUGAAGAUACUUAUGACAAAAAAGAGCAUUUAAAUGGUAAUACCAUGGUAAGGUCCCCUUCUGUUACCAUGGAGUCUCAAGAUAACAAUAAUUCUGGCUUCUUAGUUCUCAGCAGUGAUGAGGAACAGGUGUCUGAAGAUAGUGAGAAUGAAGAAGAUACAUUGUGUUUUGUUGAGAGUAGUGAACAAAAGCUUUCAUCAGAGAAAAAUUCAGAAGAUAACCUAUCCAAGGAUCUCUUAUUUGUCAUUGACAAAACCCCUGGAUUGAAUUCUGAUAAGAAUUAUUACUUGGAAGAAGAGGAAGAAAAAACAAGUGAAAUAGCCAGUGAGCAGGAAAAUGAUGAAGAGGAAAGUGAAGAAGAGGAGCCUAUAGACAAAGAAGAAAAUGAAGAGGAGUUCAUAGAUGAAGAUGACUUACUGAGUAACACCAAGUCUAACCUCUUGAAGUUGUCAAGUAGCAGCAUAGAUCCUGGUCUGAGUAUUAAGCAACUUGGAGGCUUAUAUAUUAAUUUUAAUGCAGAAAAAAUGAACUUCAACAAAAAUGCCCUUACACAAAUAAAGGAGAAAAAUAAAAAAGAGCUCUUGCAGAAAAGCAUUAUUACUCCUGAUUUUGAAAAAAAAGAUUGCAUCCCACCAUACAAGGAGUCACAAUUUCAACUUAAGAAAAAACGCAGGGAGGAACGAAAAAAAACAGCAGGAGAUGGCUGGUUUGGUAUGAAAGCCCCAGAAUUGACAACUGAACUGAAAAAUGAUCUCAAAGCCCUGCAGAUGAGAGCCAGUAUGGACCCUAAAAGGUUUUAUAAGAAAAAUGAUAGAGAUGGUUUCCCUAAAUAUUUCCAGGUUGGAACAAUUGUCGAUAGUCCAGCUGACUUCUAUCAUUCUCGAAUUCCUAAGAAGCAAAGGAAAAGAACGAUUGUGGAAGAAUUGUUAGCUGAUUCUGAAUUCAGAAGGUACAAUAAAAGGAAAUACACAGAGAUCAUGAUGGAAAAAGCAGCCAAUGCAGCUGGCAAGAAGUUUCGGAAAAAGAAGAAAUUUCGGAACUAAGACUGUUACCUAAAUAUAGCCUCAAGAUUUUUAUUUUCACUUUCCUUUGUCCUUUAUUUACUAAAGAUGUGUUGAAGGCU